CUUCUAGGGGACCAUUCAUAAACUACACAAGUCCAGCUCGCACAGCUGAGUGUGGACAACAGUGGGACAAGGUAGGAGAAUAACGCGUAGUUUUCACGUUCAACCGAACCGACAAGGAGAGAUGAGUGGUCACGACCAGAGCUUUAUCCUUUAGGGUCUGCAAGCGCGAGGACACGGACGGUAUUAUACUGUACACUGAGCCCACCCCAUUCUGGGGCUGCCUACUGCAUAUGACUUGGACUGAUAUUUAGUAGCCUAUUACGUUGCAUCCCUAUCGGUUUCCUUCCGACACUGUCUGACGUCCAUCCGCUGUGUACGCAAAAAAAAGUUUAAUUAUAUAUUUUUUCCAUUGCUUGGGGAAGAGCGUUUCGCCUCUGGCUUUACCGGUAAGCAUUGGAUCCGUCAACGUACUGCGACUCUCCGGUGUACAGCCCGGACCUCUGCCCAAACAUGAUCGCGACGCAGGCAAAGCUGGUCUACCAGCUCAACAAAUACUACAGCGAGAGAUGCCAAACUCGAAAAGCGGCCAUUGCAAAGACUAUCCGGGAGGUGUGUAAGGUAGUGUCGGACGUCCUGAAGGAGGUCGAGGUGCAGGAACCCCGGUUCAUCUCCUCUCUCAGCGAGAUAGAGGCGCGCUUCGAGGGGAUGGAGGUCAUAGCUCCCAACGAGUUCGAGGUGGUCCUCUACCUCAACCAGAUGGGAGUGUUCAACUUUGUUGACGACGGUUCUCUGCCCGGCUGCGCUGUACUGAAGCUGAGCGACGGCCGCAAAAGAAGUAUGUCUCUCUGGGUCGAGUUCAUAACGGCCUCGGGCUACCUUUCCGCCCGGAAGAUCCGUUCAAGGUUUCAGACUCUGGUGGCGCAAGCGGUGGAUAAGUGUAGCUACCGUGACGUGGUUAAAAUGGUAGCAGAUACAAGUGAGGUAAAACUAAGGAUCCGGGAGAGAUACGUGGUUCAGAUCACCCCUGCGUUCAAGUGCACAGGGAUCUGGCCUAGGAGCGCUGCCCAGUGGCCCAUGCCCCAUAUCCCCUGGCCUGGUCCGAACCGGGUGGCCGAGGUCAAGGCCGAGGGCUUUAACCUGCUCUCCAAAGAGUGCUAUUCGUUGACCGGGAAACAGAGCUCGGCUGAGAGUGACGCCUGGGUCUUGCAGUUCAGCGAGGCCGAGAAUAGGCUCCUGAUGGCGGGAUGCAGGAAAAGAUGCCUCUCGGUCCUGAAGACUCUUCGCGACCGUCAUCUCGAGCUACCCGGUCAACCACUCCAGAGCUACCACAUGAAGACCCUGCUGCUGUAUGAGUGUGAGAAACACCCGAGAGAGACCGACUGGGAUGAGUCCUGCCUCGGAGAUCGAAUCAACGGAAUUCUGCUGCAGCUCAUCUCGUGUUUGCAGUGCCGCAGAUGCCCCCAUUAUUUCUUACCAAAUUUGGACCUGUUUCAGGGGAAGCCCCACUCGGCCCUGGAAGCUGCCGCAAAGCAGACGUGGAGACUGGCGAGGGAAAUCCUCACUAAUGCAAAAAGUUUGGACAAAUUAUAAACUGUCGAAUUGUCUGAUUGUGAUACUAUUGCUAUUUAGGGCCGAGGUGACGUUUUUUGAGAUCACUUCAGAGAGGAAAACGUCGUGAUCUUGGUUUCUCCGAGCAAUGUGAAACAAUUGAGAAAUUAAAAACAAGCAAACAAAAAAAAACUUUUACAACGGAGUGUAAUGGGACAUUGCCCUUCAGAGAGAGAGAACGUGAAGGUACAUUAAGCUAAAUGUAAUACUUUUUGUUGUUGUUUUGUUUUAAAAUGUUUUCACAAAGUGAAUAAAUGUUUAUUUAAAAUUAUAUGCACAAAAUCUUUAAGUGAAAGAAUAAAAAUGUAGUGUGCCAAGUUCCAAUUUUCCAUUAUGUGACAAACUGAAAUGUUAAUAAAACUAAGAAAUGACAUUACAACUUG